AAACAACAAGCGUUGAAAAUGAGUGAUAUCCAUACUGUUGAGCAUUUCUACGGGGUUUACUUAUUGUAUUGCACUAAUCCUAAAUAUUUAGGUCGUACUUACAUUGGUUAUACUGUGGAUCCUAAUCGCAGAAUUAAACAACACAACAAAGGUAAAAAAGCUGGUGGUGCGUGGAAAACUAGUAACAAGGGGCCGUGGGAUAUGGUAAUGAUAAUUCAUGGUUUUCCCAAUGAUAUAGCUGCCUUACGAUUUGAGUGGGCCUGGCAACACCCUCAUAGCUCUCGGAGACUCAAACACAUCGCCAAGAAAACAUACAAGGAGAAAGUGUUUGAUUUCUGUUUGAGAGUGCUGUCUGAAAUGUUAAGAGUCGGGCCGUGGAAUCGAUUGCCUUUAACUGUAAGAUGGUUAAAACAGGAGUAUGCCAGGGAGUUUCCGGCUAAUAAGGUGCCACCCUUGCAUAUGCCGUUCUGCUAUGGUUCCGUGAUAAGUAAAAAGUUGCCAAAAAACUCUGAUUCAACCCAAAAUACUGCUGAAAGUCUGGAGACUUGUUAUAUCUGUGAUAAUUAUGUAGAAAAUAAAAAAAUGUUGUGUUUAAAUCGUAACUGUAAUGUGGCAACUCAUAUUUUGUGUUUGUCAAAAUAUUUUUUACAGGAAGGUGAGUAUAUUCCUAUUGAAGGUAAGUGCCCUAAAUGUAAUGAAACUUUUUUAUGGGGAGAUUUGGUAAGGAAAUAUAAAGGUUGUUAUAAUAAUGAUAUUAAAAUAAAUGAUCAAGGGGAUAAUUUUUAUGAUUCUGACUCUGAUUAAGUAAUUUUAUUGUGUAAUUUAUAUUUUUAAUUGUAAUUAAAUUUCUAUUUUAUUGUUUUUGUAAUUUACCUACCUAUGUAAUCGAUUUUAAAAAAAUUUGAAA